AGAUACCAGACUUGGCUACUGAGAUCCUUGAAGUUAAAACUGACAAGUUUGUGUGAGACACAGGAGCAGAGAGGGAGCCAAUUGAUUAAAGGAGGCGUGUCUGAGGCUUGAUUGGAUUAGCAAUAAACUGUGAGCAGUGGGUUUUUUUGUUAAACUGAAAGUCAGGUUUUAGUCAAAGUUGCUUACUUUCAUUUAUUAAUUUGCCUGCUUCCUGAACCAGAAGAACUAUCUCUUGAAGAGGUCCAUUUGGCUCUCUUAUUCUAUCCGAAGAGGUUCCUCUAGGAGAGAAGCUGUUGUACGUUCAAGGUCUAAACAAUGCCGAUUCAUGUGAAUGAUGUGAUUCAACUUCUGUGCCGACUAUCUGAAGUGCGGGGAAUGAAGGCAGCCAUCAAACAUUCGGGACGAGGAGCACUUAUGGCAGGUUUCGGCGCGUUCACUGGAGGCUUGUUGGGUGGAGCAGUUGGCCUUGCAGUGGGUGGGGCACUUGGUGCCUUGAUCGCAGCCUCAAUGGCCAGUGGACAAUUUAAGCCCGUCCCUCAGAUUAUUCUGGAACUUCCUCCAAUAGAGCAACAACGGCUUUAUGAAGAUGUCCGGGCCAUUGUUAGGAACCUGGAAUGGAUGGAUGUGGCACAGCUCACAGCACUGGUCAUGGGAAACUCAUCUCUUCAAGAGAAAUUGCUCAUGGUGGUGACAAACUACAUCACCAAGGAGUUUGGAGCUACAAUCAAGUAUGGAAAGUAAAAACCACAAGAGCAGCAGUCUGUGAAGAGCAACAAGGAAGGUCCAGAAGAUCCCACCAACUGUACUGUGGAUGUUUGGAGCAAGUCCUAGGCUUUGCAGACACGACACAAUUAAAGGGCUACAAUACCACUUUAAGAGUAAUUAGGAACCAUUUGUUAAGGGCGCAGAGAGUUUUGCACAGCACCAGUACAAACCCACCACUAAUGCACUAUUUCUGUGGCAAUGUUGGGUUACAGACAGAACACACCUGCAAAACAACCAACCAACCAACCAACCAACCAAGAACCCACCAGUUUGAAGAUUCAGUUGCUAGUUUAAUUGUAGCUGGCUUCUGCACAAUGGACACAGAGAAAGUUUCUUCCAGGCAGAAAAUUGUCAUCCAAAUUUGUAUCCAAUGUAGCGUCAAGUUGAAGUUACUAAGCAGGCGAGAUGUGUUGCACCAGCAGAAUGCUCUGUGCAAGAGCAUGCAAAAGUUGGUAAUUUUUUGUGCAAUACCCUGUUUCUCCGAAAAUAAGACGUAGCCAUAAAAUAAGCCGUAGCAGGAUUUUUAAGCAUUCAAGGAGUAUAAGCCAUACCCCGAAAAUAAGACAUAGUGAUAGGUGCAGCAGCAUUGCCGGCUGCGGCAGGAGGAGGAGGCAAAAAAUAAGACAUCCCCUGAAAAUAAUCCAUAAUGUGGGUUUUUUAAAGGAAAAAUAUAAGACGGUGUCUUAUUUUCGGAGAAACACGGUAGAUUACAUAACCUGUUGAGUGGGAUUCUUCUGUUUCCAACAUUAAAAUUCAGCUGCCCAUUGGUGCAAGAGCCCUUGAACUAGUGGUCAGAGAACACUCAAUACAGCCCAUGGACAUUUUCACAAAUGAGAAAAGCCAGUCUCUCUCGAAUGCUCUCUGCGAGAGCAGAACUCAUUGAUUUUAUACAGGAUGUUUUGUCUGACUCUUCAAGUCCAGGGAUGGGGAACAUGUGGUCAUCCAGAUAUCAGUGGAUGGGACAGCAUCUUCCAAUGCACCUGAUGGCAUCUUAGGCAGUGUAUGGCAGGCCAC